AUGACAACUUGUUGGUGUGCAGAACUGGGAGAUGAGAGUGCGCGGAGUGCACAAUAUGUGGAGUCGACGGCCAGUCCAACCCUCUCGUGGUGGUUCUAUGUUAGGGGGACACACAGCGCAUCCAGCGCUACCCUUUCCCUUCAAGGAUCCGUCAGUGUAGAGACGGUGGGCUACACUGGGAGAAGACGACAACCCUUGUUGGUGACAUUGGUUUUCUACGCACUGGGGAUGGCAACACUGCUGCCCUGGAACUUCUUCAUAACAGCGGAGACGUACUGGCAAUACAAACUCCGCAACGUGAGCGUGGGCGAAGAGUGGAACUGGAGCAACGCCACCCUCACGCCCUUACAGAUCUCCUUCACGCCCACGCUAGUCAUCGUGUCCAAUGUGUUCUGCACGGUGUUUCUCCUCUUCACCAGCGCCAUCGUCAGGAGGGUUAAGGAGAUGGUCCGGCAGCUGGGUUCCCUCGUCCUCUCGCUGGCAACGAUGGUGCUCAUCACUUUAUUCACAUUCAUCGAUACGGAUGCAUGGCAGUUCGCCUUCUUCGUGAUCACGAUGAUUCUUAUCGCUAUUCUGAACGUGUGCGUGGCCGUCCUGCAGGGCUCCUCCUACGGGCUGGCCGGCCUGUUCCCUGCCUCCUGCAUGUCGGGGAUGCUGUCCGGGCAGGCCAUCUCGGGCAUCUUCUCGUCUCUCGCCAGGAUCAUCUCGCUGCUGGUCGGCGAGGAGCCCGUCACCAGCGGACUCGUCUUCUUCGUCAUCGCGGACGUCUUCCUCGUCGUCAGCAUCGCGGGAUAUGUGUACAUGACGAGGAUGAACUACUACCACUCCGUGAAGGCCGAGGCGGAGGGCAAGGAGCAGGCGGAGCAUAAGAGCGACACCCAGACCUACAUAUCUGUUCUGAAGAAGGUCUGGCUCAUGGGAACCACCCUGGGCGGCACUCUCUUCAUUACCCUCAUGGUCUACCCGGCCGUGGUGGUGUACGUGACAUCCGUGUAUCCUGAAUCGCGCUGGACGGAGGAGUUCUUUCAGCCGACGAUCACCUUCCUCCUCUUCAACAUCGGCGACACCCUCGGCAGGGAGAUCACGCGCUGGUGGAGAUGGCCACGUGCGCGCGGUUGGCAACUCCACGUGUUCGGCGCGGCGAGGUUGGUAUUCCUGCCGCUGCUCAUGCUGUGCCAUGGAGAAAAUAAAACUUUUCCGACGCUGCUCGACCAUGACGCUUAUUACAUCGUACUUAUAUUUUUCUUCGCCUUCACCAACGGUUAUGUGGGAACGCUCACCAUGAUAUAUUAUCCAAGCCUGGUGGAGCCGAACGAGCUGGAAGUGGGCGGAGCUAUCAUGGCUGCAAUGAUGGGGAUUGGGAUGGUGGUUGGUGCCCUUCUCUCGCCUGCCUUUGUUGCACUCUGGGGUCCUGUGUGAAGGCUAUUAGUAGUAUGCGUUUGUAAACUAUGUGAUAUAUUUAUGAAAACUUCUUACAUGGACCAAGAUACUUAAUGAAGAUUUUUUUAUAGAUAUGUCUUCUUUUCACCCAUUUAUUUUUUAAAGAUGUGAUUUUUAAUUUUUCUUGUAUGUACCUGAAGCUCUUGUGUGCUUGUGUGCUGGUUAAAUUCAGAGUAUUUUGGUGUCCUCAUUUUCUGAAUGUGGUGUGGAGAGUGGUAGACGAAGAAAGGUCACAUAGAUAUAAAUAACAGUUAUGAUAAUAAAAUACCAAUUUCUUAAUAAUGCAUUAUCUUAUGACAAAAAAAAAUAAAUUUCUCUAUUAAUCAUCUAUGCUCUUCGUAAUGGGUCAUUUCAGAUAUUCAUUAAUAUCCAUUAAUUGCCUUUUUGAUUGUAAGUGUCUAAGUGUCCUUUUCGUGUUUGAUUCAUCUUUUAAUUUAAAGACUGGGUGAGUGUGAAUAAUGUCUCAGUUUAAUUGCAUCUAAUCAUUCAACAUUAAUGAAUCCAUUGUCAUAUAAUCUUCAAAUUAUUUUUUAUUUCAAUGUAUUUUAUGUAAGUAAUCUUUUGGGAAUCAGUAAAUAAUUAAUUUCCUUA